UUAACCUCACAGAAGGAGAAGAAGAGCAGCUGCAGUUUUCCUGAUUCGCAGCUGAUCUCUGUGCCUGAGCUGAUCAUCUCUGAAAGAUCACUGAUGGCAGUCAGAAACCGGGGACUGCUUUCUGUGACUGUAUUUUUUAUUCUGCAUUAAAGCCCAAGCAUAUUGUUUAAACUUCUCGUAAUGAAAUCAGCAGAAGACAGUUCAUGCUGUUUUAGAACGUCUCGGACACAGGCUCCUGAUCUUGCUGGCUCACAGGAUGGACAGAUGGAGACUUGUUCUACUUUGGAUAAAGAGACCUUCAGCUCCAUGGGACAUGCCUUCCCUGUGGACAAGCAGAAUGUAGGAUUCCAGAUGAGGCCUCUAAAAGAAGAGCCUGAAGAUGAAGACUACCUCAGUGGAGGAGCAUCAAGCUCGGUAGGACACAUCAUCCUGAACAAAGAAUUUCUAAAGAAUCCUAUAAAGAAGGAAGACCACGAAGAGAAAGACUACCUCUACUGUGAGGAUUGUAGAGCCUUCUUCAUAAAUGAGUGUGAGGUUCAUGGUCCUGCUCUUUUCAUCCCUGAUACUCAUGUUCCCAUGGGCAUCACUGAUCGAGCCAGACAAAGUCUUCCAACCGGACUAGAGAUUCGCGAGUCUGAUAUUCCUGACGCAGGCCUGGGAGUGUUUAACAUGGGGGAGACUGUUCCAGUUGGUGCACACUUUGGACCCUACCAGGGGGAACUGGUAGACAAAGAGGAAGCCAUGAACAGCUGUUACUCCUGGGUGAUAUUUAAGAGCAGACAGUGUGAGGAAUACAUAGAUGGCAAGAGAGAAAUGCAUGGUAACUGGAUGAGAUAUGUGAAUUGUGCUCGCAAUGAUGAUGAGCAGAAUCUUGUGGCAUUUCAGUAUCGAGGGGGAAUUCUGUACCGUUGCUGUCGACCAAUUUACCCAGGACAGGAGCUUUUGGUGUGGUAUGAAGAGGAGUAUGCCAAAGAUCUUAGCACUGUAUUUGACUACCUCUGGAACAAAAAAUGUUUCCCAAAUGAAAUGAAUAACAGCCAGUUGCAAGUCUUCUCCUGCUCCUUGUGUUCACUUUCCUAUACAUCACAAACCUACCUGCACAGACAUAUGAGAAGAUGCCACUAUGGCGAGUAUACAAGACUGACUGAACCAAUUACUUUUGAUAUUCUGAUACCCACAAUAAGCUUCGAUAUUCGACCAACAUCCUCUGGUACUCUCCUCAUGAACACCCCCCAACAACAAAUGCAGAAAGAAAUGCGUAACUGCUUAGAAUGUGGAAAGACUUUUCUUCAACAGAGCCACUUUGAACUCCAUCAGCACCUUCACACAGUAGAGAGCCCGUAUCAGUGCUCACAGUGUGGGAAGAGUUUCAGAGAGCGAGGUAAUCUCCAACGCCACCAACGCACUCACACUGGACAGAAACCGCAUCAAUGUUUGCAGUGUGGGAAAAGUUUCAGCGAGAGAGGCACACUUCAACGUCACCAACGCACUCACACAGGAGAGAAACCAUAUCAGUGUUUGCAAUGUGGAAAGAGCUUUACACUCCAGAGUCAUCUCCAAACACACCAGCGCAUUCACACAGGAGAAAAGCCGUAUCUGUGUUUGCAGUGUGGAAAAAGAUAUAUUCAGCUGAGUACUCUCAAACUACACCAACGCACUCACACAGGGGAAAAAAAGUUUCAGUGCUCACAGUGUGGAAAGAGUUUUACUCAUCUGAAUAAUCUACAAACACACCAGCGCAUUCACACGGGAGAGAAAGCAUAUCACUGCUCACAGUGUGGAAAGAAUUUUACCCAUCAGAGUCAUCUCAAACGGCACCAGCGCAUUCACACAGGAGAGAAGCCCCAUCAGUGCUCACAGUGCGGGAAGAGUUUUAGUCAUGAGAGUGCUUUACAGCGACACCAACGCAUUCACACAGGGGAGAAGCCAUAUCAGUGUUCACAGUGUGGAAAAAGUUUUACUCAUGACACUGCUUUGAAACGACACCAACGUGUCCACACAGGAGAGAAGCCAUAUCACUGCCCACAGUGUGGGAAGAGUUUUACUCAACAGAGUAAUCUCCAAAUACACCAGCGCAUUCACACAGGAGAGAAGCCAUAUCAGUGCUCACAGUGUGGGAAAAGUUUUACUCAUCAGAGUAAUCUCCAAAUACACCACCGCAUUCACACAGGAGAGAAACCAUAUCAGUGUUCACAGUGUGGAAAGUGUUUUACUCACCGGAGUGCUUUCCAACUACACCAGCACAUUCACACUGGAGAGAAAACAUAUGACUGUUCACAGUGUGGGAAGAGUUUUUCUCAUGAGACUGCUUUCCAACGACAUCACCGUAUUCACACAGGAGAGAAGCCGUAUCAGUGCUCACAGUGUGGGAAAGGUUUCACUGAAAAGAGUAAUCUUCAAACACAUCAGCGCAUUCACACAGGAGAGAAGCCAUAUCAGUGCCUGCAAUGUGGAAAGAGUUUUACUCAUCAGAGUCAUGUCAAACUACAUCAACGUAUUCACACAGGGGAGAGGCCAUACUGUUGCUCACAGUGUGGAAAGAGUUUUACUCAACAAAGUAAUCUUCAACGACACCAGCGCAUUCACACAGGAUAAAAGCCAUAUCACUGAUCACAAUUUGCUGAGUUUUCAAAAAUAUUUAAUUUAAUUCAAUUUUAGUUGUAUAGCGCUUUUAACAAUGGACAUAGUCACAAAGCAGCUUUACAGAAAUAAAUACACUCAAAAUAUAAAUUUUAAAUAAAUUUAAGAUACGGAAGUGCACUUGUGCACUUGGGAGUCUGUUCUACAGUUCCUUGCAUAAAUAUCCACAUUUUGUAGUGUUAGAACUUGGAACUGAAAUAGAUUUAAUUGGGAUUAUAUGAUAUGAAUCUACAGCUCCAGCUGGGCAAUCCUCAGAUGCUCCCAGCUGUAAGAUGUAAGCUGUCCAGCAGGUCCUGGAUCUGCCUUGGGGUCUCCAAUUUGGAGGAGCAGUGACUCUACUCAGAGAUUUUCCUGGAUUGUUUAGCUCCUCACCCAGCCAUGGAGAGUAAGCCCAGCAAACCUCCAUUUCCACCGCCUGUACUCAUGACCUUAUUCUUUUAGUCAGUGCCAGUAGCUUGUGAACAUAGGUGAGUAUAGGCAUGCAGAUUGAUGGCUAAACAGACAGCUUUGUCUGCAAAUUGAGCUCCUGCUUCACUCCCAGACGAGUAAAGCAACUGUAAUAUUGGUGUUUUUUCCCUCACUUGUGAAUAAAAUCCCAGCGUAUUUAAAUUCCUCUAUCAGGGAGCAAGGUCUGAUUACAUCAUUCCACUAAAAUAGCCCAUAAUAUUAUAGUGAGUGGGUGGGGAAUAAGUAGGGUUUGAAAAAUUAUUUACAAAUAAAAAACAAACAAAGAAGAGAUGAUUGUAUAAGUAUUCACUCCUAUUGCUGUGUAACUCCUAAGUUAGUUCUGGAGCAAGCAGCUGUCAUCAGAGGUCACAUAAUUAGUUGAAUAUAGUUGACCUAUGUGUAAUCACAUUGUCUUAGUAUAAAAACACCUAUUCCUGGAAGAAUCCAGAGUUUGUUAGAGAACAUACCUAACAAACAUACCUAACAAUCUAAACAAACAGCAUAAUAAAGUCUAAGGAGCUACCAAAACAAGUGUGGAACAAAGUACUGGAAAAGUAUAAAUCAGCGUUUGGUUAUUUAAAAAAAAUCCCAAACUUUGAACAUCGCAUAGAGGGACAUUAAAUAAUCUAUUAUUUAAAAAUUCGAAGAAUACGGCACAACUGUGACUGCCUAGAGGAGACCAUCCACCAAAUGUUAGACAGCGUGUAAAGGGGAUUAGUCAGAGAAACAACCAAGAGGACAAACCUAUAUGUGAAGGAGCUGGAGAGAACCACCACUUAGGUGGGCAAAGCUGUUUACAGGACAUCCACAGUCUGGACAUUCCAUAUAGCUGGACUUUAUGGAAGACUUUUAUUUAAAAAAAAAAACAAAAAAAAAACCGCAUAUGUUUGGAGUCUCAGCAAAUAUCAAAAAAAGGUUCUGUGGUCUGGUGAGAACAAAACUGAACUUCUGACCUUGGCAUAAAGCACUGUGAUUGGUGAAAAGCAGACACUGCCCUGAGAACACCAUCCCCAGUGUGAACCAUGAAGGUGGUAGCAUCUUGUUAUGGGAAAACCUGUCAGGGUUAAGGGCAGGGUAGAUGGAGUCAAAUGUAGGACAAUCCUAAAAGCCUUUUGCCCCUUCAUCAAUUGUGCACCGUGGGUCUGUACUUUGAAGUACUGCUGGGCUUUGGGUGUCAAGUGGGAAGGGCUCACAACCAACAAAAGCAGCUAAUGAAUGCACAAAUCAACAACUCUGGACAGUUAGCCCUGUAUUGACUCACACUUAUUUGAAUUAUAUAUAGAUAGUAUAGUGUGUCACAGUGUUCAAAAGUUUGUUUUACAUAUUGUAAACUACUUCACAGAGGUGCAUAUAUACAAAAAUGUGGAAAGCUAAUCUGAUUGCACUCUUAAAGAUCCUGAAGCUAAGAAAAGUGUACAAAAGUCUCCAUGGCCUGUGUAAUAGGAUAAAAAAAUCAUAAGUUAAAUUAGUUUGUGUAAUUUGUUGCUUUUUUGCUGACAUAGUGCAGUGUGGUCACAGAUCCAGGGUCCAUGGUUCAAUCCUGAGCUUGGAUUACUGUCUGUGUGGAAUUUUGCAUGUUCUAAACCUAACCCUGUGUGUUCAUAUAGGUUUCCUCUCCCUGUCCAAAAAACAUGCAGUUAGGCAGAUUGGGUAUGCUAAAUUAUUCCUAGGUGUGAAUGCGUGGGUCUGGGAUACCCACGCAUACCCUGGGAUGGACUGGCAUCUCAUCUGUGUAGAAUUCUUAUGCCUUCUGACCAGUGAUACUGGGAUAGUCUUUGGAACCACAGUGACCCUGCCCAUGAUAAAGCAGUUACUGAUGAAUAAAUGAAUGAAUGAAUGAAUGAAUGAAUGAAUGAGUAAUAAUGGUUUGUGUAUGGUUUUCAUAUUUGUUGUUACUUUGGAACUUUACCCAUUAAAAUACUGUCCAUAAUGUGA